AUGAUAACAUGGAUUAACUUAAUGGAAUCUAGUGGAGCAAUUCUAUCAGAUUCGAUGUUAAUUGCAAAAGCUCUUAAGUUUGGAAAAAAUUUUCCAGAAUUUAAAGCAAGUCGUGGGUGGCUAGAAAAGUUUAAAUUACGAAAUGCUAUCAAGUUAAGAAAAUAUCACGGAGACAGUGGAUCAGUAAAUCAUGAUGAAAAAUCUAUUACUGAUUUUAAUGAAACAAUGCGUUUAAAAAUUGAACAAUAUGGAUUGGACAAUGUUUAUAAUGCAGAUGAAACUGGUGAAACAAUUAUUGAAGAGGAAUCAAAUGAGAAAAAAGUUGAUCUCUCAGAAGCCUUCAGAGCUCUAGAGAUUAUUAAAACUUAUGCUUCUCAGAUUGCUGAGACUACUCUUUUGAGUGUCCAAGAGAACUGGAUGGUCAAAAUUAUCUCAGAACACUACUCUGAUGCCUACAAGGCAUUCAUCCCCGCCCUCUACAAGACCUCAAUGUCUCACUGGUCGCAGAACAUAAAAGUGAUUACUCUGGCGACCAUCAGGCAGCUCAGUGAAAUGAACGGUCCUUUAUUUCAGCAGAGUGUUCCCAGGUUGUCUACUGUUUUCAGAGCUUUCAGAGAAGUACAGGAAUGA